AUAAUGGAAUCACAGAAAUAGAUCGAAAACUGAUCGAAAUUUUUUCAGAGCUUCACUUGCACCGCCUCGUCAUGAAUCCCAUACAUUUGUAUCGUACAUCUUGGAUGAUCCAGAGUUUGGUCGAAUGGCAUACACCGUAUCAAUCUUGCUCAUGUUCUCAUUCGUUAUUUUACUGCUAAUGCUCAGAUCCAUAAAAAGAUCUUCCUCUACACUUCAGAUGGAAACACUAUUGGAAGCUAUGCGAUUUCGAGAAGAGCUUGACAUCCAGGAAAGGCAAAGGCGGCGAUUGCUGAAAGCGAAAACAAAGGUAAGAAACAUCACAUUACUUUUUUGCAGUCGCGAUAUUCCUUUUCCUUCUUUCACUUUUCUUCCCAUUUUUUUCGUUCGGCACUCGUAUAUGAAUACUAAUUUUUUUGAAGUUAGUUAG